CAGGCUGGAGUUUUCAUCAAAUAUCUUAAAAAAAUGUCAAAUUUUGAGGAGUUUCACUUCGACUUUUACCAGUCCAAUUAUACCAUAGAUGACCAGGAAGAAGGUUACAACAGUUACGGGUCUAAUGAAAACCUCUGUGGAAGCAGAAAGAGCCAAACAGGAGAGCAACCUCCAGCCGGUGCUUUUGCCCCAUCAGAAAUGUAUCUGUCCUCUCCAAGUUACACAGGUCAGAUUUUGCAGCCAACGUACAGUCCCGACACUCUCUCUCACCUUAGUUACGCUGAUGGAUUUGAUGAGGAACCUCCUUUGCUGGAAGAACUUGGGAUCAAUUUUGAGCAUAUAUGGCAAAAAACAUUAACAGUUCUAAAUCCAAUGAAGCCUGCAGAUGGCAGCAUUAUGAAUGAGACGGACCUCACUGGACCUAUGGUUUUCUGUUUAGCCCUCGGAGCAACACUGCUGCUGGCAGGAAAAGUUCAUUUUGGCUAUGUGUAUGGCAUGAGUGCCAUUGGGUGCCUUGCUAUGCAUGAAAAAAGCGUCGCAGGAGUCUCCCAUGGCUGCGUUGCAAGUGUCUUGGGCUAUUGCCUGCUGCCCAUGGUGAUCUUGUCCUCUUCUGCAGUCGUCUUCUCACUACAGGGGAUCCUGGGAACUUUGUUAGCUCUGUUUAUUAUUGGAUGGUGCAGCUUGUCAGCCUCCAAAAUUUUUACCUCUGCAUUGGCUAUGGAAGGACAGCAGCUUCUUGUCGCAUACCCGUGUGCUUUACUCUAUGGACUUUUUGCACUUCUAACGGUUUUCUGA